AUGGGCAGCAUGUGGUCAGCGCAUCAAACAGCAUCGUUGGCAAUGCUGGAAAGGGCUCCCAGCGUUGAAAGACUCAAUCAACUCAAGGAAGAGAACAGCUCUUAAAAAACAACAAAUAACCAGGAAGACACCAUCCGACAGUUGAAAACGAAGCUGUCUCGCGUGAUAGCCCUCGCCAAAAGGUCUUCAACCGACCCGAACACCGCUAGUCAAAUCAAAUUCCACGAAGAAAGUCUGGUGCUUCCGAACGGAACGUCGACUCCCCAGCCGUUUCCAAAUGAAUUCGCAACUCCGGCGAAUCCACCACGCGCCAGAAGCGCUUCACGAGGCCGAUUGGUGAGCAGUGCGAGACCCCGGACAGCGCGAAACAACCCCGAGACCGUGAGCUUAGGUCUUCUCGAGGAGGCUCACACGGAAAUUUGCACGCUUAAAGCUGAGGCGUCAAGACGCGCGGAAGAGGUCGCUGAAUGGCAAAUAGUAGCUCAGAAGCUCAACAGCGAGCUGAGCUCUCAACGCCAGCAGAAAACUGACGUCGAACAAAAGCUCUGUCAGGUACAGCAGAAUCUCCUCAAAGCCAACAAAGAAAUCCAAGUCAAAGAAACUCAGAUCGAAGCUCUGCAAGCGGAACUCGAGGCCAGUCGACUUCUCCAGGAGCAAGUCGAAGCUCAAAAUGCCAAACUCCUAGAACUCGAGCAGGCUCUCGCUCAGAGAGAAACGCAAAGUUCGGUUGUGCAAGAACUCCAACAACGGGUCGGAGAACUGGAACGGGAGCGCGAUAUCGUGCAGGAUUCGAAUCGAAAGCUUAUUGAACAAAGUGAAGAACUCAAGGAACGAGUUGCUGCCCAAGAGAGACAAGCGGAGGCCGCUGAGCAGGAUGGAGACCAGGGCAUCCUGCAGGACAUGCUUCUCCAACUUCAGGACAAGUUCGAGAUGCUCGAAAGACAUAUCGACAAAGUCGUUAGCGAAGCUAGAAUGGCAAAACCAUCGUCCAAAGCGAAGGAGAAAUUCCGGAAGCACGAACGAAUCUCGCUCCAGGCUCACAACAGAAAAGAAAAAUCCGACAGCCAGAACGGCAACAACCACCUUCAACAUCAACAACAACAGCAACAACAACGCGAAACUUCAGCGAAAGUCGGCGGCAUUUACGAGAAGAGCAAAUCGAAGCCAAAACUCAUAAUUUCCAACGGUCUGAGCGCUCCUCAACCGAAGCCGCGUCGGAAAUCCCUCGUCAAAGAAAGAAUGUCGACAAGUUCGUCCCGGGAAAGUUUGGACUCCGACAACAGAGACAGCUUGUUGGAUGCGAGUCUGCCCAGCAGAAGACCUAAAUCGAGGAUCACUCUCAAUAGAAAUUGCGCCAUGCUGCGGAACGAAGCAACUCAAACUAGUCAAUCCAGCCCAAAAAAUGCUCCUUCGUCGCAACGAGUCACUCAAAUCACCAAAAUAUUAUCGAGUGACGACAGCAUCAGCGAAGCUACUGACGUAUCAUUGUUGGAUGUCAACGCUCCAGUUUUUGAAAUUCACAUCGACAAGGCUCGUCUUGUAUCGCCGCAAACGAGAAAGGGAACUGUCGUGAGCUGGGAACUCGGUGAUUUCGAGACUCAGUCAACCCCCGUUGGCCAUUUCUGCGAAGGAGAUAUCGUAUUCAACUGCACAGCGCGCUAUAUCCUGGAGAGCACCGAACAGAUAAGCAGCGCCGAGCUACGACUGCUGCUGUCCACGACCGACGGUGAAUUUCUAGGGGAAUGUUGUGUCGAUAAAACCAGCUCGGCGAUCUCGAACGCCGGUCGACGUGUCGUUCAGAGCGAGGAGCUCCGCUCGGACGCCGGGUCCAUCGGUAAACUCGACAUGUGGCUGCGAUACAUCCCGAAACCAAAGUAGCGGAAAAGUCGAUGAAUGACAACUUGCUCCGCUCGGGAGGUCUGCCACGGUGGGGGAAGUUUUCCUCGAUGACGGAAAUUCUCGCUCGCUGUUCCGAAACCUGCGCGCUGCCAGUGCAGUUGAGCCUGGACGACGGAUCUCAUAAGCGAAGCUGACGUGAACGGAGACGCAGAAGGCGUCCCGUCCUGUUCAACGCCACAGAGGGAGGCGACAGCGGUUUAGCGACGCAAUCCGGCCGAGCAAUGCCACAUAAACUGGUCGAUAUCGAGAAUCAGUUGCGACCGAGCAGGGCGUUACAAGGAAAGCCGAAUUUCCGCUCCGGUCAUUGUACAAACGAGAAAUAU